AUGCGUGCCUUCAUCGUCCUCUGUUUAUUCGCCGUUGCCUGUGCUGACAACUUGGGCUACAACUAUCGCCGGGAAGGACACUCAGACGCCGGUCUCUCGUUUGCACCAGGUGGCAGCAGUGGUGGACUUGGUGGAGUUGGCAGUUAUGGUGGACCAGGUGGCAAUUAUGGUGCCGCCACACAAGUCUCACCUUCUUACUCCGCACCCGCCGCUGAAUUCGACAAGGAGUUCUACACCUACACCGCUGAUGAAGAUGAUUUCAUUGAGCCCGCCGGCAGCGAACAACUGGAAGCUGCAUUGAAGAAGAAUCUGCGUGUUAUUUUCGUUAAGGGACCCGAAAAUAAUGGUUUGGAGAACGCCGCCCUCAAUCUUGCCAGACACGCUGCCGAACAGAAGACCGCCAUCUAUGUUCUACAAAAACAAGCCGACUUGGGUGAUUUGGCCAACAAAUUGCAGUCUCAACACGACUUUACAGGUCAUAAGCCAGAGGUGCACUUCGUCAAGUACCGUACACCAGAGGAUGCUGCCAAUGCUCAACGCGCUAUUCAAUCACAAUACGAUCAAUUGGGUGGCAACUCUCAAUCGCACGAUGGUGGCGUGGCUCCUGUUCACAACUUUGCUUCUGAGGCUACUCGUCAAGCACCACGUAUUGCAAGCGCACCGGGUGCUACCUACUUGCCUUCCUCGAUUAUUCGUGUUUAA